CGUUCACUGCGAUAGCCCGAUCACGACCGUAUCGUACGGUUUCAGUGGAAUUCGUCCCGACCUACCCGGUUAGGGUACCCGUUCCUGAGGCAUUCACGCGAGCUCUUCCAGAAAAUCGUUUUUUCAACGAUAUUAGAAAAAAAAAAAAACAAUAAAAAACUGGUUCGACAGCAAUUCUUCGGUCCGUGGCAUCGGGUUCUCUGCGAUGGAAGCGUUCAGAAAGUUCGUGGAAAAGGUCAUGAGCCGCACCGACGACCAGCAGUUGGAUUGCGCGCUCAUGGCGUCCGUCCAGAGGCAGCUGACCGAAGUGGCAGACGCCGUAGCCAGGGUGCGUCCGUUGGCCGGGCUGCCGGAGCCAGAGAAGCGAGAGUGUGCCAAGACCUCGGUCAUCAAGAGGUACCCAGCCAGGAGCAUUGUCUACGACGAGGAUUGCGAUUCCGGUGAGGCCAACGCUUACUUCGUGCUGGAAGGCCGGUGCAUAUGCCUCCAACGACUACAUGUGCGUAGGACAACGGCCAUCGGUUCGGGCGGAUUUGCGUUGGUGACGAAACGUCACGAUGGUGAGGACAAAGAACAAUCUGUUGGCCGAAACGUGCGAACGGUCUACGUGAAGAUGUCGGACCUUCGACCCGGUUCAGUGUUUGGUUUGGGGGAAAGACGCUCUGGCCGUCUAGUGAUGGCCACAGCCGACGUCAAGUGUCUGCUGGUCCCGUUGACGUUCCUGGCGAAGAACAACGAGUCAAACUUCUGGGGUCGGACCGUGUGCUCGUUGAACGCGUCCAACCCGAAUAUCGAACAGUCGUUCCGGAAGUUUUUAGUGGAAAACAAAUGGGAAGAGUAUAAGAAAUCGUUGGUCGAUGAUUUGUUCGGGAACGCAAUGAGUCACGAUACAACAUCGAUAAAAAAAAACAAAAAUAAAUAAAAUCUAUCUUCGUUAUUUCUCGUUUUGGCAGGAGGACCACACAGAAUACGACGCGGAAGCCGUAUGAUUGGGACGGAAAUCAAUGUUAGAUGUUAUAUUUUAUAUAUUUUGAGAGUCAAUUAAUCAAUCCAUUUGCAACGCUUGACAAUAUAAUGGCUAGCGAUCGUUGAAAAAAUCUGUUUAAUGCGUUAUAAUAGUGCGAGAAAAGAAAACAUUGUGUAUUGUUGCGAAAUUCAAUAUAUGAUAUAGUUAGUUAUAAUAAGUCACCCCGAUGCGUAGCUGCAUAUAUAUUCUAUAUGAUUUCCUCAUUUACGAAUUUCAGUUUACAUUACCUUACAUUUCUUAUCAAUAAAACCUUAUACGGUAUGAAUUAGAAGUUUAAUCUGCUUUAUCGAAAAAUAUUCCAAAAAAUUAAAAAAAAAAAAAAAUUUAAAAACAUCUUAGGUAUUGGUUAGUCUUAGUCAG